AAAAGACGUUCGACGCACAUGUGGCCACCUGAUCAGUGCUGGACGAGUCUGGAGCGAAGCGGCGUGCCUGUAGCAGCGGAUAUUAAUUCUAUCAUUAAAACAGGAUUAGCCUCACAUAAUAAAGUAAAAUGAAACCAGGGUUCAGCCCAAGAGGAGGCGGACGAGGAGGGUUUGGAGAUCGAGGUGGGAGAGGAGGAUUUGGCGGACGAGGAGGGUUUGGAGACCGCGGCGGACGAGGAGGGUUUGGAGACCGUGGAAGAGGAGGAUUUCGGGGAGGUAGAGGUGGUGGUGGAGGAUUCAGGUCUCCUGGGGGUGAUGGUGGCUUCCGUGGACGAGGCGGUGGACGGGGCCGGGGAGGAAGAGGAGGACGAGGGGGCUUCAGAGGGGGCAGAAAGGUGACCGUAGAGCCCCAUAGACAUGAAGGAGUUUUUAUCUGCCGUGGUAAAGAGGACGCCCUGGUCACAAAGAACAUGGUGAUUGGAGAAUCUGUGUAUGGAGAAAAGAGAAUAAAUGUUGAGGAAGGAGAAACUAAAAUUGAGUACAGAGCGUGGAAUCCUUUCCGGUCAAAGCUGGCCGCAGCCAUUUUAGGAGGUGUUGACCAGAUCCACAUCAAGCCGGGAGCGAAGGUCAUGUACUUGGGGGCUGCGUCAGGAACUACUGUGUCCCAUGUUUCUGACAUCGUUGGGCCGGAGGGAUUGGUGUAUGCUGUGGAGUUCUCCCACAGGUCAGGAAGAGACUUACUGAAUGUGGCGAAAAAGAGAACUAACAUUAUUCCCAUCAUUGAAGAUGCUCGUCACCCGCACAAGUACCGCAUGCUUGUCGGCAUGGUGGAUGUCAUCUUUGCCGACGUUGCUCAGCCUGACCAAACAAGAAUCGUCGCCCUCAAUGCACACAAUUUCUUGAAGAAUGGAGGACAUUUUGUUAUUUCUAUCAAGGCUAAUUGCAUUGAUUCAACAGCUGCUCCAGAGGCAGUUUUUGCAUCAGAGGUUAAGAAGAUGAGCGCUGAGAACAUGAAACCUCAGGAACAGCUGACGCUAGAGCCGUAUGAGAGAGAUCACGCAGUUGUUGUGGGCAUCUACAGACCGCCACCCAAGCAGAAGAAGUGAUGUUGCACUGUGGAAAUUUUCAUCACUAUAUACAUCCUCCUUUCUCCUGAAAUAACUGCUUCUGCCACUAGAUGGCACCAUAGUUUGCGGAUGACAAAAGACUGAUAUAAGUGAACCAUUUUCUCCUGUCCAUGGGGUUGGGAGUGUAUCCCGUUAUACCUGAUUGGCACAGGCAACAUAUUCUUUAUGGAGAGUAACUUUGCUCCCGUUUUUUUUUUUUUUUUCCCUUUAUAUGAUCGUCCUCUGCCAUGUAGUAAUAUACUGUACCGAGAGAUGACUUUUGUGUUUUGCUUGUAAGAAUUAUUGGAAGCUAGAUUUUAUGUUAACUAAAUCAACAGUUUUCCAAAGUGUACGUUUGUUAUUGUUUCUUUUGAAUAUUUUUGGUAAAAAAUUUUAACAAUGAAAACUUUUCAUUCUGUAUCUUGUUUGCACCCCUACAAGAACAUUUUCUCAUGAAACAGUUUCAGAAGUAUUAGUAUAAACCCAUAUCACCACAUCCUAAAAAGGCUUUUUGUACUAAUACUGUUAAGCCAGUCUAAGCUUGUUUGCUGUUUUUUUUUCUUCUGGUUUUCUCUGCCCGAUCAACUACAAAGUACUCAGAACAUCCUUCUGAAACGAGUAGAUACUCCAGCAAACCUAUUUGAGUUAAAUUCUUUAUUUCUUGCGAUUGACUGUGUGAGACGUGUCUCUUGUUAGGGAAGUUCUUGGUAACCUGAACUAAAGCUUCAGAUGCUUUGUUGUCAAGCGCUGUGCUCAGAAGCAGCAGGUGAUUUAAGACUUAAGAUUUUUUUUUAAUAAAUAUUCAAAAUCAA